ACCUUCUCCUUAUCACUUCCGAUUUAUUAGUCUCAGGCUAAUGAUGUAUUGAUUUGUACAGAUGUAUAAACAACGACAUUAUAAAUUCCAACCAAGUUCUGGGAGGGUUUGGCGAACAUUAGUGCGGAAUUAACCUUGUAUUCAUUCUCUCAGAUUUCAUGUUUUCAACAAAAGCUUCCAUUCCUGCUCCAUUUCUAAGUGUAAAAAUGCUCAUCGACUAUUUAUAGAGAAGCAUUCCCCUCCUCUUCCAUGCGCAAUUCACCCCGCCCGACUCCCCCGGGACCCGAGCAUCCCACCCCAGGUAGAAAUUGACGUCAGAGCGGUUCGUAAUUUGACGUGUAAACAUCCCUUCCCCUUCCACGACUCUCUCAUUGGUGGCUCUCCAUGCGCGUUCAAUUACUCGCUCACGCUGCAUUAGAAUUAACAGGAGAACAUAGCGUUUACCAAGGAAGCUGAACUGAUAUUUCUUGUUUUUACAUAUUUUUAUUUAUUUAUUAACUUUUUUCUAUUUAACUGUUUUUAUCCAUCGUGAUCAUCCAAGUCAUUUUUAAGUGGUUGUAAUUGACUGGAAAUGGAAGAAAGAUGUCGUCCAAUGUUGCUGUGCGGUGUUCUUGCUCUGUUCUGUGCGCUGGUUUCCUCAGCUGUGGACAGACAGUAUCUGAACGAAUGGGCGGUGGAGAUUCCAGGAGGACUCGACAAUGCCCGAUCCAUCGCCGACGAGCUCGGCUACGAUUUAGUCCGACAGAUUGGGGCACUGGAACACCAUUAUUUAUUCAAGCGGCACAGUCACCCUAGCAGGACCAAAAGAAGUGCGGCUCAUAUCACCAAACGUCUGUCAGAAGAUGACAGGGUGUCUUGGGCUGAACAGCAGUAUGAGAAACGGAGGGCCAAACGCGCCCCGCUGGGGGCCGAAUGUAAGGACUGCUCUGUAGACAAACUCUUCGAUGACCCCAUGUGGAACCAACAGUGGUAUCUGCAAGACACCCGGACGUCAUCAUCCCUCCCCAAACUGGACCUGCACGUGAUCCCGGUCUGGAAGAAGGGCAUUACGGGCAAAGGAGUGGUCAUCACCGUACUGGAUGACGGUCUGGAGUGGAACCACACCGACAUUUACCCUAACUAUGAUCCUGCUGCUAGCUAUGAUUUUAAUGACAACGAUCCCGAUCCCUUUCCCAGAUACGACUCCACCAAUGAAAACAAGCAUGGUACCAGAUGUGCUGGAGAGAUUGCCAUGCAAGCAGACAACAACAAAUGUGGUGUUGGAGUGGCUUACAACUCAAAAGUGGGAGGCAUUCGAAUGCUGGAUGGAAUCGUGACAGAUGCCAUCGAAGCCAGUUCUAUUGGCUUUAACCCUGAUCACGUUGACAUCUACAGUGCUAGCUGGGGCCCUAACGAUGAUGGAAAAACAGUGGAGGGACCUGGGCGUCUGGCCCAGAAAGCUUUUGAGUACGGUAUCCAGAAGGGUCGUGGUGGGAAGGGCUCCAUUUUCGUCUGGGCAUCCGGUAACGGUGGUCGUCAGGGUGACAACUGCGAUUGUGAUGGAUACACGGACAGUCUGUACACCAUCUCCAUCAGCAGCGCAUCCCAGCAGGGUUUGUCUCCCUGGUACGCUGAGAAAUGCUCCUCUACGCUGGCCACGGCCUACAGCAGUGGGGACUACACCGACCAGAGGAUAACUAGUGCAGAUUUGCACAAUGAAUGCACAGAGACGCACACUGGGACGUCUGCAUCUGCCCCAUUGGCUGCAGGGAUAUUUGCUCUGUCUUUGGAGCAAAAUCCUGAUCUGACCUGGCGAGACCUUCAGCACUUGGUGGUUUGGACGUCUGAGUUUGAUCCCCUGGCUAAUAACCCAGGUUGGAAAAGGAAUGGAGCUGGAUUGAUGGUCAACAGUCGAUUUGGGUUUGGUCUCCUGAACGCCAAAGCCCUAGUAGACUUGGCCGAUCCCAAAAUCUGGAAGCACGUUCCCGAGAAGAAACAGUGUAUUGUCAGAGAUGAGACAUUCCAACCAAGACCAUUGAAAGCUGCAGGUGAGAUAUCCAUUGAGAUCCCCACUAAGGCCUGUGCAGGACAGGUGAAUUCUAUUGGAUCUUUGGAGCAUGUGCAGGUGGAGGUCAGCAUUGAGUACACACGGAGAGGAGACCUACACAUCACACUUACUUCUCCAUCAGGUACCACCACAGUCCUGCUGGCAGAGAGAGAGAGGGAUACGUCAGCCAACGGUUUCCGAAACUGGGCCUUCAUGUCCGUGCACACCUGGGGAGAAAACCCCACUGGCACUUGGACCCUGAAGAUUACAGAUACGUCUGGACGGAUAGAGAAUGAGGGUCAUAUUAUGAAUUGGAAGUUGAUUUUGCACGGGACGUCUGAGAAGCCAGAGCACAUGAAGGCGGCAAGGGUUUACAUGCCCUACAAUGCCGUACAAAAUGAUCGUAGAGGAGUGGAACCGAUGGAAGACAUGAUCAAGGAAGCUCCGACUCCAGCUCAGAAACCUGAAGUUUCAAGUCCAGUGGUCCCAGACUCACUCCCACCUGCUGCUUCCAUCAGUGUCCAUGAAGAAAAUCCAGAAGCCCCAGGCUCCUCCACUGCAAAUCUGGCCCUGCUGCGUCUCCUCCAGUCAGCCUUCAACAGGCAAACCCCAGUGGUUCCUCCGCACACUCUGGUGGUUCCUCCCAAGACCUUGCAGCCCGAGAAGAUCCCCCCACAGAAGCUUUACCAGGCCCUCGACCGGCUAAACCGCUAUAGGGGCUCCGAGAACGGCUUAUUUGGUGACUACAGUGACAACUUCUACAGAGCCCAACCGUACAGGCACAGAGAUGACCGGCUGCUGCAGGCACUGUUUGACAUGCUUGGAGACGACCAGCAGUGAGACAGGAACAGGGUAAAAGAAGCGGGAUGCCCUGCUGAAAAGACUAGCUCAUGGUUCCCAUGCAGCUCUCUCAGUUUUGGUAGUGGAGCAGCAUGUUAAACUGGUCUUGGUGGUUCAACUGAGUGAGUUAUGCACUGCAACAUCUCAAACUAGCUGCUAUGCUAGUCUUUUCAGCAGGAUAAAGGGGCAAGAAAGGAAGUAAGAAACUUGAAAUAAAAAGCAUUUUGUUCUCUUCCAGACAAGCUUGUUUUUAUCUGCACAUGUAGUUAUGAACUAUAAGAAUCCUACGGCCUGUGUCUGUCAGUGUGAGUGUUUGUAUAUCCGUGGUGAACAGCCAGCUGUAUUUGUCCCUCAGUUUUGAACCAGGUUGCUAAGAUAUAAAACCAUUGACAGGACAAAUUAUGGCAUCUCAUGCCCUUUGCCCUCUUGUUGAUUUUUCUCAUGUUGCCUUCGCUACCACCAACCUUUGCAUGCUAUAAAAAGUUUACAUUAGGAUGUUAAGAAAAUAUUGUACUAUAAAGAGCGUGAUUGUAAAUUGUAACUAAAGUCUUUGCACAAUCAGUUUAAAGGGAUAGUAUACCGAAAAAUGAUAAAUGUAAUUUACUCACCCUCAUGUCUUUCCAAACAUGUACAUGUUUUUGUUUUUUUUGGCUGAACACAAAAGAAAAUACUUUGAAAAAUAUUGAUAGCCAAACUGGUAACUUUCAUAGUAUUUUUGUUGAUAUUAUGGGAGUCGAUGGGACCCAAAUCUAUUUCAAAAUAUCUUAUUUUGUGUUCCAAAAAAAGAGGAAAAGAAAGUCAUACAUGUUUUGAAUUACAUUAAAGUAAGUAAAUAUUUUUUUAUUUUAAGUUGACGUGAAAUCAAAUCUGACCCGAUGUACUUUCUCAAUGUACUUUCUUAGUGUCACUGAGCACGAUUCGUUAGUGCACACUAUUCCAAAUAAAUAAAUGUUUGUCUUAAUAUUUUAACUAAAUUUAACUCGCUCUCCACCUCUGAAAGGACUUGCCUUUUUGACUGAUGUCAAAAAUGUAUUACAUUUUUCAGUGGAUUGUAACACACUUUUCACAAAUCAAAUCAAUAAUUAAAAUAGUAUGUUAUUCGGUUUCCUGUGGACCCCUUUAACAAUAAUGAUAAUAAUGAUCUUUUAUUUCAGUUGGCAAAAUUUAAAAUUUUUAUUUAGUUUAAAUUGAAAUACUAAAUAAC